AAAGUAGAAGUACUCAGAUGUAUAUAUAUAUAUAUAUAGUAGUACAGAUAUAUAUAGAUGGAUAGUUAAACUCAUUUUUUUAAACGUUGAAAUAGUGCAAGAAGAGACGGAGUAGGAAUGAAAUAGAUGAUAUAAGUAAUGCAGACAAAGUUAACAUACCUGUCAAAAAUAAAUAAAUACUAAAGCAAAACAAUUGCAGAGAAAGAUGUAAGUGACCAAGUAAAUGCAGGACUCUGUAUACAUGUAAAUAGAAGGUAAACAACAGAAUGUGAAAUACAAUACAGUUUAAGGUAGUAUUAAGUAAAUUGUGCGAACAGCUGGAGGCUGUGAAGGCUGCUUACAGAGGGGUAAUACUGCACUGAGUGGAAAAGGGGAAAUCAAAGUGUAACUGAUUAAAUAUCUGAAUGUUUCCUGCAUUAAUUCCACAUUACUCAUGUGUUAUUUCUCAGCAUCUCCACUGUGGCCUGCCGCCUCUGGUCCCUCCCUGUGGUGUGGGUCACACUAACCUCCACCCACCAUCCCACCACCGACUGCCAGUCAACACAAGCGGCAUUCCUACAACCUCAAACCCCUUUAGCAGAACAACAAAGGCCCCUGUAAGUCGAGAAACACUGAGAUUUUUGACGCUCCUUGUUUAAACCACACAACGCGCUCCGGCCUGUUUCCAAUCUGAGGACAUGCGUGAUGAAUUUGGGGAAAUCAUCUGCAGCUUUGCCGGUCCUGCACAGCCCACCCAGUCCGGACCCAGACCCCUCUGCCCCCGGGGUAUCAAUACGAUUAGAGGCAGGAAAUGUGGGAAUCCCCAACAAAGGGCUCCAUCAUUAAACACAAACAACCAGAGGCCUCCCAACAAUACCCGAAGCGCCCUCCUCUCCUCUCUGCGCUUUUAUGUCUCUAAGAGUGAAAAUCUAUGACUUUCAUCCCGAUAGCACCCCUCUGCUGCCAUUAUUAAAGAAGAUAAUCCACGGGGGUUUGAAAUGAGAGAGAGUUUCUACCCAGACUCAAAUAUUAUUCCUUCUCCAUUUUCACACAUGGUGGUAUUUAUCGAUAUUUUGUCAGAGAGGACCGAGACUCCUGUGGGAUUCAAAGACCGUGCAUGCAGGCGACAAAUUAUUAUUUCCCCAGCAGCAGUAAAUCACUCAUUGCAGUUUUCAUCCUCUGUUUGUUCGUCUGACAAACAUGUAAUUGUGCAUCAAGUGUGCGUAAAGAGCGGCUGCAGGAGCCUUCCAUGGAUUAAGGCUUAAGUCCCUGCCUCACGUAGAGAAGCGUUUGGGGAUUUUCCCCCUCGGGCUGUAAACUGAUCUGAAGUGUCCAUCAUCUGGAGUGGAAAUUAAAAUGUGUAUUUAUGGUGUUUUAGUAUCGUUUUCCAUCAGCGUGGUGCGUUUAGCUGCAGCCUUUCCUUCUUUGGUUCGAUUUCAAAUGUAAGACAAAGUGAUUUUCCCAAAAGUUUUUACGCAAAAUAAACAACUUUUAGGAAAAACUCUCAUAAAUAUUAUUACAAAUGAAAUAUUUUUUGGUAAAACUAUGACAAUAACUUGCCUUUUUCGAAGUUUUAUAAACAAUGUAUACUUUUUGAACUUAGUAAAACGUUUUUUAUUUUCCAUAAUUUGGAACAUUUCUGUCACUUUUUAAAACAUUUUUAAAGCAGCUGACAAAUCCACAGCCUAAAUAGAAAAUGCGAACUGCUCUCUAAAAAUAGCCUUCUCCAGAUUCCCUUCUCAUGAGGAAGUUUUCCCUGAAUGGAUCUCUUAAUGUCCGCGUCGAUUUGGCACCGCUGUGCCGCUGAUGGGGAGGCUGGUACAGGCCUUCUUGGUACCCUGUGCGUCUUUUUCAUUGGUCAGAAUCCCUUUCCUCGUGCCUCACCGUGACAUCACAUCCACCUCCACCCGAGCCACAGGAAAGCAACACAGAUUACAGAUGAUGCUGGACACCUCGAAGGACGUGCACACUUUUACGCUUUUACGCACAAUCACUCACUGACCGCUCUGCUGCGCGUAAAAGUGCCCAAAACAAAGGAUAUCAUCGCCUGCGGUUUGGAGAGUGGAAAAGAGUGGACCGCGUGUUGAAGAGCUGGAGGAGUUGCACGGAUCCUUUUUUUUCUUUUUUUUUGUGAAUGAAGAUGAGUCGUGCUUAAAAGUGUGUUGAUAAAGUUUUGGAGAGGUUGUUACUCCUCCACCUGUUGGCAGGUGGCUUUGCCCGCGGACAUCUACUAUGACAUUGGGUUUGGAAACCAUGGAGGAUAUUGUGAUCGACGUAGUGGGGGAAGGACUCAAAGACAGCGCAGAGGAAGAGCUCCAACCUUUGGAUGAGUCGCACAGCACCGAGACCAAAGAGCGGGACGCGUACAGCCCCGAACCCGGCUGUCCGUCUCCGACUAAAGGCAAGAGUCCCGCCUCGGUGAAGCCUCCGUACUCCUACAUUGCUCUGAUCACCAUGUCCAUCCUGCAGAGCCCGAAGAAGAGGCUCACCCUCAGCGAGAUCUGUGACUUUAUCAGCCAACGCUUCCCCUACUACCGGGAGAAGUUCCCCGCCUGGCAGAACUCUAUCCGGCACAACCUGUCUCUGAAUGACUGCUUUAUAAAGAUGCCCAGAGAGCCAGGGAAUCCGGGAAAAGGCAACUACUGGACCCUGGAUCCGAACUCCUCGGACAUGUUUGAGAACGGGAGUUUCCUGCGGAGGAGGAAACGCUUCAAGCGGCAACAUUUCCGCUUCGAGCAACUGAAGGAGCAGCAGCUGGAGCCCAGCGCGCUGCACGGGUUCCCACAUUACGCAUUUGGGGCCACGGCUCUGCAGCUGCCCAGCCUGGAGAUCUACCCUUACCUGCAUCACCACGCGCACUCACACCCGUGCAACCCCGCGUCCAUCCCCCCUGUCAGCAGCCUCCUGCCCGCGCUCUCCAGCUUCUUCUCCAAGACUCACCCCGGGUUCGAAGCCUUUUCCCCGGUUCAGUGCGCCGGGUUCUCCCCUCCUCUGAGCUCCAUGUUCGGCUCCCCUGCGCUCUUCCACCCCGCGGCCUCCCCGCACCUCCUCACCUUGCACCAGGAGUAUCAGAAGCUACAGACUGCCAAUAAUAAGUGAGCAGCUCACAGGACUCAGAGCUUUUUCUCAGAAUGACAGUCGUUAAAUAAUCCUGGGUUUCGGAGCAUGGAAGUAUUUAUUUAAUUUCACUGAGGGUGGGUUCAGAUGGAUUACCCAGAGCUGGAGCUGUUGGACGGCUCCUUUCCUCACAGUCUGGCACCCGGCGAGCGCCUGAGACAAACACACACAGAUUGUUACCUGAUGCUGAGC